UGUGUGUACUGUCCAAGUUACUUUGUGUACAUACUCCGUACAAUGGAUGGUCGGCGGACGGUACGGUACCUGCCAAGUUUGGCGGCCGGCCACCAGCAGCAGCUGCCCAUACUAACUCUUAACUUCCUUGAGUCAAUCUCACCUCCUUUUCCUCUUCCAGUUCCCUGGCCCGCCAUUUCCAGUGCUUUGCUUUCCCUCUCUUCUUUGUUCUUCUUCCUUCUCGUUGUUUUGUUGUUGUGGUUGAUGAGUGGAGAAAGUGGAGUACGGUACAGUCAUACAGUCAAUGAACCACUAGUUUUCAGUUUGCCCGGCUUCAUCUUGGACUUCCUUUGCGGCUCAACGGGCUUGCUUGCACCCCCCUCAUCCCCCCCUUAACCCUCCGAUCUCGAUUCAGUACAGUACCAGUCUCGUCCACCGCGUUUCAUUUCAGUCCAGUAUAUUUCCGUCUCUCGGUCCUCAAUUCACCGACCGAUACGCGCGGUCCGGGAUGCAUUUCCUUCUUCCCCAGCUGCGGAUGACAAGACUGGAGCGACGUCAAAAAAG